GAAUAUCUUAACUAUAAACAACCGCAUAAACUUAAAGUAGUAAAUAGUAAACUAUAGAUUAGGCCUAAGUAAUUUGUGUUAUUGCUUAAAACAUCAACUUUAAACGAAUAAAGAUGAGCCAAGUUAGUCAAGACGUUAUCAUAGAAUUAAGGGAGAAGUGUGAAAAGGUUCAAAACUUACUGGAGGAGGAGAGCAAGCGGGAUCCAGAAGAUAAUCCGUACAAGUCUAAAUAUGCUGCUCGAGAGGUAUUAAAUGACAUGAAAUCUCGCCUUUCAAAUAUAAAAGAUAGCAUUCCUUCAAAUGAUCCGAGUUUUGAGUUGAUAGAGAACAUGUAUGGUGCAGUGAUGCUACUGCUUGGAACUAUUUCAAUUGAUACAGAAGAACUGGCGACCGGAGAAGAGCAGUUGAUGAAUUGCUUGAAUAAGCUGGAAGACAAAGCUUUAAAUCCGCAAAGCAUAAUAAUUGUAAUCAAAGCUCUUAAUCAGCUGGGACUGCUGUGGUCUCAGCGAGGCGACCCCAACAAAUCACAUGGAUACCUACAACAGGCUGAGCAACUGUAUACAGACUAUGUGGACCAGGUAUCAGAUCAGCCUGUUGAUGUUUACGCUCUCUUCACAACGCCUGACAGUUGUCAGCCACAAACUAAGGCAGAGUCACCGCUGGAAAAAGUUCACACACUCACCCUGUACUACCUGGCACAGGUGUAUGGAACCCUGGGUAAUCCCAUCAAGUCUGCCAUCUACUGCCACACCACUCUCAAACGCCAGCUUGAAAGCAAUGAUUUUGACAUGAUAGAGUGGGCCCUAAACUCAGCUACUUUAGCUCAGUUUUUCAUGGAACAGUUUGCUUUCCGCCAAGCUCGACACCAUUUAGCCGCUGCAUCUUACGCACUUGACAGAUAUGAGCAAGAGCUGCAGAUGGUAGAAUGUUCUGAAGAAGAGUUGGAAGCUAAGAAGGAGAGACUGAAACACAGAGGUGCUGAUGUGGCCAGAUGUUGGGCCAAGUACGGACUGAUGCUGCUCUCUGCGUCUAGAGACAGGCUCAUGGAGGCGGAGGAGAACACUUGGAAGGAGAGACUGAAACACAGAGGUGCUGAUGUGGCCAGAUGUUGGGCCAAGAAGGAGAGACUGAAACACAGAGGUGCUGAUGUGGCCAGAUGUUGGGCCAAGAAGGAGAGACUGAAACACAGAGGUGCUGAUGUGGCCAGAUGUUGGGCCAAGAAGGAGAGACUGAAACACAGAGGUGCUGAUGUGGCCAGAUGUUGGGCCAAGAAGGAGAGACUGAAACACAGAUGUGCUGAUGUGGCCAGAUGCUGGGCCAAGUAUGGACUGAUGCUGCUCUCUGCGUCUAGAGACAGGCUCAUGGAGGCGGAAGAGAACACUUCAUCCACUGACGCUACACCUCAGCGGUUACGACCUCCAGGAGAACUGUCAGGUCUUCAGUUUUCUCAGCUUGAGUUGUCUGUGUACGAGGAUCAAGUCACUGACGCCUAUGUCCUAACUUUUGAAGAUGCUCGAAAUGUCUUCCUCAACUGCCAACAGUGGCUAAAUCAAGCCAAGGUUUACUACUCUCUUGAAGAUCGAGCGUCUGACCAUAUCAGAAUAGUACAAGAUCACAGUGAGCUGUUCAGGAACCUCAUAUUUUUUGAAGAUGAUGAAGAAAGGCAAUGUAAAAUGCAUAAACGGAGAGUGGACCUCUUAGAAGCAGUUGUCAAGGAACUUAACCCAACAUACUUCUUAACUCCAUGCCAGGAGUUGUGGUUUGAGCUUGGAGAGGCGCAUUCUGCAAUGCUGGACAUCAAACUCCAAAAACUUCAGAGUAAUUCCGUUAUACCAACACCACAUGCUCUACAAAAAGUUAAUGUCAUAGCAGAACAGGCAAUAGCAGCGUACAAUCAAUUCCUGGAUACACUGAAAGAUUUCUCAACUAAGGAGUUACCAGACAAGUUCAAGCCUGAAGUGGAGCGACCGGCUCUGCUGUGUUACUUCUACCUGGCCAGGUUAUAUGGCAAGAUGAUCACACCAGACAAAGCCACUAAACUGGCCAACCUCAACACAAGCUUUGAGUACUACAAGAAAGUGGUGGGUUAUUGUGACCGUAAUGACGGAGCCCAAGAAAACGUAGCAGCUGAGCUAGGAGGUUGCAGAGAAAUGGUCAACUUGUUACCCAUCAAACUGACCAAACUAGCCGAGGCCCUUCACUAGAUACUUACUACCCCGAGACUGCUGAAUAUAGAUAUUACUAUAUUUUAGUGAAAACCAAACUAGAAGUUACUGGUGUCUAAAAUCAACGUUUGCGCUGAUACCGCUAACUGCUAAAUAAUGCUUUAUCAAUGAAAUCCAUUUGUAAAUGUAUAAUUUUUAGUCUUUUUUGUGAUAUUUGUUACUUAUUUAUGAUUUUGUAUUCUCUAGUGUAAAAAUAUUAAACUUAAGAAGUUU